AUGUCAGAGUCGACGGUGAUCGCGAGUCUGCUGAUCCUCGCCUCGAUCUUCGGUUCGUCCUUCUGUCAAACGCCGAUGGCCAUGCUGAUCGUGGUCGAGGAACCAGACACGCCGUUUUUGAGUAUUCUGAACGACGCUAUACCCCAAACGGAAAAGAAUUUCGGCGACGACAUCAUCACUGUUCACAUUUCUACCGUCACAGUGGACAGAGCAAACGUGAUUGCCAGUUUCGAAAAAGUAUGUGCUGCCUUAUUUAAGGGAAUCAGUAUCAUACUCGAUCUGACUUGGACGGGUUGGGAGAAGCUUCGAAACGUAGCCGACGAGAACGGAAUAAUAUACAAACGCGGGGAUUGCCAGAUAAAUUCGUACGUGCAGGCGAUCGAUGAUCUUUUGAUGUUGAAGAACGCGACGGACGUGGGACUGAUCUUCGAAGAUGAAAGGGAGCUCAAUCAGAGUUUGUACUAUUUGAUCGGGAACUCGAUCAUACGGCUGGUCGUGAUCGACGAGUUCACGGACAAAACGGUGUCCAAGAUACGCAGCAUGAGACCGUCGCCAUCUUAUUACGCGAUUUAUGCCAGCACCGCGAAGAUGGAGGAACUCUUCAGAACGGCUGUUCAGGGAGGCUUGGUCAAGAGGAAUGGAAUAUGGAACCUGGUGUUCACCGACAACAAUUACAAGGACUUUAAGUACCUAAACAGCGAUUUGCAUUUAAACAUUUCGGUGACCGUUCUCUCGAUGCGAUCGGACGUUUGUUGUCGGUUGAUCGGCGAGCCAUCUUGCAAUUGUCCCCCCGAUGCACAAAUAUUCCCCCACUACUUCAGACGAUUAUUAGGCCUGUUGGUGAGCUUGAUGAGCGAUCUUCAGAAAUCAGGGAUCAGCGUGGAGCCUAAAUCCACUCGAUGCAAUUCGCCAAACGCUACUCAAACAUUUUCAAACCACACGUCCGAAACGUUCAACAAAAACUUGAUAGCAAGAUUAGGAGGCAACGACACUUUCGACUACUGGUCGGACAAAGGACUGAUCACGUAUAAAGCGGAAAUUGACGUGGAGAUUAUGAAAAAUGGAGUUCUGGAGCCGCUGGCCACCUGGACCAGGCGCAGCAAAAUAAAGGAGGUCGAGGGAAAGAAGAUAGAGCCUGCGAAAAAGUUCUUUCGAAUCGGAACCGCGCCUGCAAUCCCUUGGGUGAUGCCCAAAGUGGACGCAGCGACUGGACAAGUAAUGAAGGACGAAAACGGGAAAGAAUUGUGGGAUGGCUACUGCAUAGACUUCAUAAAGAAACUCGCCGAGGACAUGCAAUUCGACUACGAUCUGAUCGUGCCGGAGGAUCGACAAUUCGGAAAGAAAUUGGACAAUGGACAGUGGAACGGUUUGAUCGGCGAUCUCGCGAAAGGAGAAACUGACAUCGUGGUUGCAGCACUGACAAUGACAUCAGAGCGCGAGGAGGUCAUCGAUUUUGUUGCCCCUUACUUCGAGCAGUCUGGUAUACUUAUUGUGAUAAGAAAGCCUGUCCGCAAACCGUCGUUGUUCAAAUUCAUGACGGUCCUCAAAGUCGAAGUCUGGCUGAGCAUCGUGGGAGCACUGACGCUGACAGGAAUCAUGAUUUGGAUAUUGGACAAGUAUUCCCCGUACAGCGCGAGGAACAACAAACGCCUGUAUCCAUAUCCUUGUCGAGAUUUCACGUUGAAGGAGAGCUUCUGGUUCGCCCUGACCUCGUUCACGCCUCAAGGAGGAGGCGAAGCUCCCAAAGCUCUGUCGAGCAGAACCCUCGUGGCUGCUUAUUGGCUAUUCGUCGUUCUGAUGCUUGCCACGUUCACUGCGAACCUGGCAGCGUUUCUCACAGUGGAAAGAAUGCAGACACCCGUGCAAUCCCUGGAGCAACUGGCGAGGCAGUCGCGAAUAAAUUACACCGUACUGGCCAAUUCCAGCGUCCACCAGUACUUCAUGAACAUGAAAAACGCGGAGGACAAGCUGUACACCGUGUGGAAGGAGAUCACGCUGAACAGCACCAGCGACCAGGUGGAGUACAGAGUUUGGGAUUACCCUAUCAAAGAACAAUACGGCCACAUAUUGCAGGCGAUCACGCAGGUUGGUCCCGUGGCGAGCGCCGAGGAAGGCUUUCGAAAGGUGAUAGAAAGCGAGAACUCAGAAUUCGCUUUCAUCCACGACUCGUCGGCGAUAAAGUAUGAAGUAACUAGGAACUGCAAUCUGACGGAGGUCGGCGAGGUGUUCGCCGAGCAACCUUACGCAAUCGCCGUGCAACAAGGAAGUCACCUGCAGGAGGAAAUAAGCAGAAGAAUCCUCGAUCUACAGAAGGAUAGGUACUUCGAGACCCUGACGUCCAAAUACUGGAACCAGUCUCUGAAGGCCCAGUGCCUGGACUCUGACGACAACGAGGGAAUCACGCUGGAAAGUUUGGGCGGAGUGUUCAUAGCAACCCUGUUUGGGCUCGCCUUGGCGAUGAUCACCCUGGCCGGCGAGGUCCUCUAUUAUCGGAAACGCAGCGACUCGCAGAAGGACAAACGAAAAGAGAAAAAGAAACCGAACAGCGUCGAGAACGAGAAGGUGAUGCUGCAGAAGAUGGCGUCGAAGCUGCAGCUGAAACCCGCCCCCACUAACCCGUUUUUCGAAAAAAAUACGAACCCCCUUCGCGUUUCUCAUAUCUCGGUGUAUCCGCGCAACUUUACCUUCAAAGAGUGAAGGCUCUUAAUAUGUAAUAGAUAAUACGUUUACUCUGUA